AUGCCGUUUUCGCGAAUUUUCAGCACGUGUACAGCCACGACCGAUUCCGACGGUUUCGGACACGUACUAGUGAAGUCCAAUAAGACGUUGGGUUUGUUCAAAAAAUGUUCGGCUUGUAAGUCGGCCAAGUUAUGGCCGUGGUCCGUCAUGGUGAAAUGUGUCGGUAAGUCUUCACAGAAACUGCAGAGAAAAUUUUUUUUUUAUGAGUUACGCUAUUUUCAAUGUUUUAGAUUCCGAGUGGAGUGAAGAAGCUUAUGGUUUUACAAAGAUAUUUAUUUUAUUUUUUUUGGUUCUGUGGCCUUUUUUUCUCCUAGAGAUCUUGCUCAGAUUUUCAUGUGUAAAAAGGCACUUUAGGAAGGCAAUUUUUCGAUUUUUUCAAGAUUUUUUUUUCCGCGGGAAAGUGCACGAAAUAAAUAAGUAUAUAAUAACAAUUUUUUUUUUAUCUGUGGGCAACUUUUCUACCAGCAAUUUUUCUCCAAGUUAUGAUGAUAGCAAUUUUCUUAAAGGAAAUUUCACUGGGGAAGUACAUUAGAGAGGUCGUUUUUCGAUUUUGUCAGGAGAUUUCCUGGCAAAUGUAAAAAACCGAGAAAAACGUAGGAAAACCGGGAAAAUCAGUACAACAUUAAACAAAAUGAAAUAAAAUAUAUAAAGCUUACUUAAUUAUUUUACUAUAAUAUGGCAUAUAUAUUGUUGACAAAGUAUCACUAUCAACUGAACUCCGAUCCGAAUCGUUUUUUCGUUGGCAAUAGGUUUAGCGGUGCUUACAGAUAGACAUUAAAUUCCCUUCUGUAUCCUACCUUCCCAACUUCCCCUCCAACAACAGUGGCUGCACUCAUUCCCAUUAUCCUAGGACAGCUUUUUUGUUUUCGCGCUGUUGAAAUAAUAUGACUAUUCGUAUGCCCGGUCGCAGGAUGCAAGGGUGUGUGGCACGAACGGUGCGCGGAACAGCGGUCGUCGUGGUGCGGGGAUACGGCCAACGACGGCGAUUGGCUGCAACGAAUUCCUGAGUACCCGGCUCCCGCGGCAACCACUCUACCGCCGAAACCGACGGGGGUUCAGUUGCGGAGCAAUACUGAGAAUCGUGGCGGCGGCGCACCGACGUUUUCUAAUACCCGAUGCCGCAGCGACGUUUUCGGGGGUAGCAACCGACCACCGGUGGCGGGUGUGGCGGGAACGGACGUGACCGGGCGAUGGUCGGUUUACGCGUGUACGGCCGCCGAAAUCGAGAACGCCGUACUGCGCCGCAACGGCGUCAUCAUGGGGGUCCGGGCUUUGCGCGCGUCCGAUUGUGCGCGGCCGUUAACGGUCGCGAGGGAUGAUGCCCACAACGACGGUACUGCGUGA